AUGUUUAACAAGCCAAAGUUUCGAAACCCCAUCAUCCCGGGUUUUGCCCCGGACCCCUCGGUGGUCACGGUCGACGGGACCUUCUUCCUCGUCACCUCAUCUUUUCAUAUCUUUCCCGGCCUGCCCAUCUACUCUUCUCGCGACUUGCAGAACUGGGAUCAUAUUGGCCACACAAUGAUCGCAACAGGCGGCCUCUUUGCCGCCACAAUCCGUCACCAUCACGGGAGAUUCUACAUCGUCUGCACCAACUGCGGCUCCUCAAAUGGAUCCUCCGACCUGGAAAACUUCAUCAUUCAUACCUCUGACAUCUGGAGCGGGAAGUGGAGUGACCCUGUAUCCGUGGACUUCCACGGCAUUGACCCGAGUCUGUUCUUCGAUGACGACGAUCGUGUAUACUUCCAGGGCUGCUUCGUCAUGGACCGCUCAAAGCAGCCAAGUUGCACGAUCAAACAGGUCGAAAUUGACGUCCAUACCGGGAAGCAACUCUCUGAGCAACGAGAGAUUUGGGGUGGGUACGCGAGAUACGACACAGAAGGACCGCACGUAUAUAAAGUUGAUGUGUGGUACUACCUCCUCGUCGCUGAAGGCGGGACCUUUGAGCACCACAUGCUUUCCAUCGCGAGGUCCAAAGAUAUCUGGGGACCUUAUGAGAGCUUUGGGGGGAACCCGAUCAUGACUGCCGAUGGCAAGGAUGAGUACAUCCAGAACAUCGGUCACGGCGAGCUCUUCCAGGAUGCGAGGGGAGCGUGGUGGGCUGCGGUGCUCGGCAUCAGGAGGGAUGGUGAUGGGUGCGCUGCUAUGGGGCGUGAGAGCUUUCUCGCGCCUGUUGAGUGGCCUCAGGGAGGGUGGCCGAGGAUACAUCAGCCCAAGAUGGAGUUUGAAAGGGAGUUGACAGACGCUCAGUUGUCGUCGGUUGAUUCAACGGCCCGAAACCCGCCCGCUGGCGUACAGAACGUCUUCAUUAAAGAUCCCGACUUUUCCAAGUAUCGGCUCUCGGAGGAUGAUGAACACCGGGUAACACUCUUGCCGAGCCGUUUGGGAUUUUCAAGUCCUACUGGAACCUGCACCUUUCUCGGCAGGAGGCAACGGUCUCUGACUGACUGGGCAAUUGCCUGCCUUGAGCUGAACAACAACAUGAAAUCAGCGCAGGGGCUUCAAGCAGGUUUGGCAAUGUACAGAGACAGCGUCCGCCAUGUCUCGAUCGCGUACGAUUCCGAUGCUAAAGCUGUCGUCUGUCACGCGUUCAACUCUGCGACUGGCCUUAGUAGAGUCUUCCCAAAUUCCCUUCUACUGGAAAACGAGACUCGGAAGAUAAGCUUCAAGAUCCAAGCCUCAGAGACUGAGUGGAAGUUCUAUGCUGUACUGCAUAGAGAGGAUGUUGAUGUGUCCGGAGUGCAGAGUCCUGACCUUGUUGGCUACACAUGGGAAGAGCUCGGGACCGUUGCAGUCAAAGAUCUUGAUGCCCGGGACUUCACCGGUCCUAUCUUGGGAGUCUUUGCCCAGACUUCAGUCGAGGAGACGGAAAAUGUACCGAUUACGUUUUGUAAUUUUUCAGUAGACGUGGAGACGACGAAGAGAUGA